CACAGGUUCCCGCCAAUUUGUGUUUUCUUUGGAACUGUGGGAUUCAGGAAGAGUGUGACUGAGGACUGGAGCUUUGAAUUAAGCAGCUGUGCAGUGGAGUUAAAGGUUGACAGCGAAGGACUCCACUGAACAUUGUGAAUUAUUUUGUGGGAUUCACACCAAAAGUGUAGGAAAGAAAAUGACGUCACUGUGCCUGCAUGGUACAAUUCGAAUCCACAGUCUCAAUGUGGGAACAUCUCCAUGGAAAGAAGGCAGCUGUGAAGUUAUUGAGAAAGACGACAAAUUCAGUUUGGUUGUGCAGUACAAAGCUGGAGGAGCACCGGCCAAAUUUCCACUGAAUCAGAAUAUUAAAACCGUAAUUCUGAGGCCCAUGGGAAAGAAGCAGAGUCGGCUUAUGGUUAAUUUGAAAGAUACUAGCUCUCUCACUAUAGAUAAAAUCCCAUGCAAAGAUGCUGAUGAAUUAAAACAGUUCCUGGAUUCAUUUAAAAUUGAAAAGGCUCAAACAGGUAAACCUGUCCAAGGAUCAGGCAGCUUUGGAGGUGUUUUGGUGAAUAGGAGCACCCAGAAGGAAGUAAACAGACAACAAAAUCAAACUCCAUCCAAAAGAGUAAGUUUUGACAAAGAUGAAGCUUCCACCAAAAGUCCUUUAAACAAUUUUGGAAGGACACCAUUAAAAACCUCACCUGGAAGCAUUACAUUUUCCGGUCGAAACAACAUUUCUCCUACAACAUCUACACCACAUAGAUCAAGUCUUAUGGAAAACAGGUGCAGAUCAUGUUAAAGGCACAGUUUACCCAAAAUUGUUCUCCCCUUUAAAUUGUUCCCAAUAAUCCAUUUUACCUGCUGGAAUGUAUUAAAUUGUUUACAAGUA